GAAUUAUUAAGUAGAAUGUACUUCGCACGAUGUAUUUACAAUGUUCGUUUAAUUUUGCUAUUAUUUAUUUCAGCAACCUGUUCAAAACCUGCAUUGAAUACCAACUCCUACACAUUAACGGAAGAAAAAUCGUCUUACCAGGUCAACGAAACCUACGAAAUUUACUGCGUUCCUGGUUACGUCAGUUCCGGCGGAAGUGAUCUGAUUUGUGGUACUUCCGGUUCAUGGUCAAUACCUUCACCAGAAUGCACUCCUUCCGAGGGCACUUAUCCGUGGUGGAUGUUGUUGGUCGCUGUACUACUGGUAAUACUUUUGGUUUCAUGUAUUCUGCCGAGAUUUUUGCAGUGUUGCUUAUCAAAGGGUAAGAAGAAACAGGGAGGUGAGUCCAGGGACUUGGAGCAAAACAACGACAACUAUGACGAUUAUGAUGACGACGAUGACGAUGACAGAGGGGAUUCGCCCGUACCCAAUUUCGGAAAACACAAGAAAAUGACAAACAUUGAAUAUAUGUCCAAGCUUCACGAAGACGCAGAUCGAAAGACGCUUAAACGCGCGGCUAAAAAUUCAACAUUUUAACAGAACGCUUAAGAACGCUUGUUUAUACCAAAGAAAGUAUUCAUUUAGGAUUGUAGAGUACUUAGGGUGCUACAGUGAGAUGGCGAAUAUAUUCUCGAGAAAUCUUCGAAACCAUUCCUGAAAUUAUUGUCUGAAAAUUUCAGUUUAUUCCAAAUAGUGUCUUUUGUUGUUAGACAGUGCAUUUGUCAUCAGAUCACCACAGUUCAUUAAUUCUAUAAAA